AUGAAUGUAAUAAACAUAUUUCGUUACCCUAAUUGUAAUACCACGUUAUUGCACACCGUCUGUAAAAACCACGUAUCAGUUCAACCAGUAAGAAACGAGCUAUUUCAUUUCAAAGAAUACCGCGUAACAUCAUCCACAAAGUUAGCUGAAAGUGCGCAUCACGCUGCGACAAUUACGAACUUGUCAGAAGGUCAAGAAUAUGAUGUGCAAGUGGUGGCCCUAUCCAUAGAUGACCAGCAAGCUGUCAGCGAUAAAGUUCGUGCGGUUUUUCCGGGUUAUAAGAGCUUAGGAGCUGUCUCAACUGGGGUAAUAGUAGGCUUUGCAUUCCUAGGAGCAACAUUUGUUGUAUUUUACUACAUCAGAAGGAAGUGGUGUCAAUCCUACCACCAGCCAAACAUCAAGAAUUAGACAAAAAUACUUUUCUGCACAUAUUAUAUUUACAAAAAAUUGUAUAUAGUACCAUAAACUGUCAAAUACAAGGGUCAUUUUCUAGGUAAGAACCGUUGUUGUAAUGGAGUCACAGAAACUUUAUUUACGAAUGAGAUUGUACCACAAAAUAUGAACAUUUUGUCAUUUUUCGAUUUGUCAUGUCUUGGCACCAGCUUUUCGAUCCCGGUAUCAAAAAACACUACCGCCUGACCGUUAAACCAGUAGCUGUUUCUUUCAACAUGUCAUCGUUUUUCAAACGUCUUACACCAAGCAACUCUGUAAGUUUUGACGAAAUAUCAAAGUCUGAUGGCACUAAGUCAGGGCUGUACGGUGGACGAUCCAGCAAUUCCCAAUGAAACCUGUCCAGUCGCGUCUGUGUUCUUGCCGCAACGUGAGGCCGAGCGUUGUCGUGAAGCAGAACGACGCCUCUAGAGAGCAGGCCCGCUAGCGGUUUUGAAUAGCAGAGCAGAUGCCUAAUUCAACAAGUCGCUGGUGACCCUCAGCAGAGGGAACUUUUUCGCGGCGGGUUUGCUGAUUUACAUGGCGACAAAGCAGUAUAACCACGCAACCAACGCCGAUAGAGACGUGACACGUAAUGGCGGCGUAGUGAGGGAGUGUCUGAGGCAGAACGGACGUCACGUAACACGUUGCGAAAUAGGUUCUUACAUUAAAAAUUGCCCUCGCAGGUAUUUAUAAUACACAUGUCUACAAUGUACCUAGGCUAAACUUCGGAUGUAUUUAUUAUUAAAUUAGCACCUAUGUGUAUGUUGUACAGGUUUGCUUGAUUAAAUGUGUAUAAGCCUACUAAGUCUUUAGAUAUAGAAACCUGGAAUAUGAUAAUAAAUGUUCAUUCUAAUCAA